AUGAAAAGAUUCGGGUUUGGAAAGAAAGGGGACGACGGCAGCCGCAAGAACUCAUCACAAUCCGCCCAGUCGGAAAACCCUUAUGCCCAACAAGGAGCCAACGAUCCCUAUGCCGACAGCGCCAAAUAUGCAAACGUGAGUCCAUAUCAGCAAGCUCGAGCUGGUCUCACUGUUGGCCAACAGCAUUCUCCCUCUUCCAAUGGGCAAGGAGGGCGACUCGGCGUCGGAUAUGAUGCCGGUAAUUCAAAUCAAGUCCCACACAACAGUUACAGCGCUCCCCCAUCUACAGGCUACGGCGCCGAUCGAUACGGAUCCGCCGGUGGGUAUGGAUCAGAUCGAUACAAUAACUCAGGUGGUGAUGCUCGCGGUCCUGGUGGUUAUGGUGGGUUUGGCCAGGCCAACAACGAGCGUGAUAGGAAUCCUGAGGUUCCUUUCGCUUCAGCGCCGGGCCAUCGACCUCAGGAUCAGAAACCAGCACUGACACCGGCGAUAACUUCCUAUGGGCAAUCCGUCGCAGACGGCGAUGCGUAUGGUAGUGGUUAUGGCGAGCAGAGAGAGCUGACGGCUGAAGAGCAGGAGGAAGCAGAGUACCAGUCUAUCCUGGCUGAGAAGCGGCAGAUCCAGCAAGAGAGUGUCACGUCAGCAAAUCGCUCAGUUCAGACGGCGAGGCGAGUAAAUGAGCUCGGACAGGCUACUCUAGCACGCCUUGGCGUUCAAGGUGAGCGGUUACAGAAUACAGAGAAGAAUCUCGAUCUUGCCGCGAACCAAAAUAGAAUUGCCCAGGAUAGGGCUGCGGAAUUGAAGACCCUCAAUCGAAGCAUGUUUGCAGUUCAUGUUGGAAAUCCCUUUACCUCCAAGCAACGACAACAGAGAGCGGACGAGGAGGUCAUCAACAGACACAGAUCAGAAAGAGACCAGAGAGAGACAACCCGUCGUGAAGGCUACGCUGCAAAUCAGCGCAUGGAGUCUGCGUUCAAAGAACUCAACGCAUCUGAGGCCCGUCCCCGUCCCCAGACUCGCAAGAAGGACUAUGGCAAGUUCGUAUUGGACGAAGAGGACGAAGAGAGCAGAAUGGAAGGCAUGAGAGCUGAAGACGAAAUCGACGAUAGACUGGAUGAACUUGGUCGAGAAGUAUCAAACAUGAAUUUGAUUGGACGAGCCAUUGGCAGAGAAGUUGAGGCUCAAAACAAACAAAUUGACAGAAUUAUGGUAAAGAGCGACGCAGUCGAUGAUGCUACCAGAAUGAACCGAGAACGUCUGGCUCGCAUCAAGUAA